CAAUUACCAUUUUAUUGCCCCUCGCCGGAAGCUCGCCGGAAUGGGAAAUUGUCAGGCAGCCGAGGCGGCAACCGUGAUCAUCCAGCAUCCAGAUGGCCGGCUCCAGCGCGUCUAUUGGUCGGUCAGCGCCAGCGAGAUCAUGAAAGAGAAUCCCGGCCACUACGUAGCGGCGCUUAGCGUCUGCUUCGACGACUCGCCCGUUCCCGGCACCGGCGUCACCCGUCUGAAGCUGCUGCGGCCCCAGGACACGCUUCACAUGGGCAGGAUCUAUCGCCUCAUCAGCUCACAAGAGAUAAUGAAGGAGUUGUGGUCAAAAUAUGGGAACACCAAGAUGAAAUACAGGAACGUUGUGGAGAAAGAUUUGAGGUGUGCCUCCAUGAGACAGCCGGCCUCUCGUCCUUCGCAGAAGGAUCAGACAGAAGAGCAAGACGAAAGGAGAAGAAGGAACUCCACGUCUGCUGCCAAGGCAGGGCAAUGGCGCCCGUCGUUACAGAGCAUCUCUGAGGCGGGAACUCCCUGCAGGAUCGCUAAGCACAGGCAGUUAACACACUCCGGUUCUGCACCGGAAUUCCAGGUUUGGUGACGAGCACGAAACGAAAAAACAGGACCCUUGUACAGCAAAACGAAAAGCAAAAUACCUUUUUCCUGUUCACUGCAAGUGUAAGCAGAACUGAUAGACAUUUUGAUAAGAGAAUUUGCUGUAUCUCCAGUACGUUCUAUGAGUUUUGCCAGGCAGGCAGAACAGAUAUGUACUGGAUCAUAGAAAUAUUCUGUAUCCACGAUACGAUCUAAGAGUUUUGCCAGUGAAGCAGGAAUCUGGUUUUCCCUA